UUGGGUGCAUGUAUUUUUCUGUUUUCCUAUCUCCAAUGUUUUGUACUCGGUGACGAUUUAGUGCAGUGCGUGCCUACAAGGAAAGGACAUCACAUUUUGUUUAAAGGAUACACUUAUGUGUUCAAAAAUAAUCAGUUGCCGGAGUGGGUUUCUAUCUACUUUUUAAAAGUUACAGAUAAUAAAUAUAAGUGUAAUGUAUGCGAAGCUUUAUUAAGAACAGAUGAGAAAUCAUUACAGUUAUUAGAGCAUAUCCAACAAAACCACAAAGAAGUUUAUGAGCUCCACAAAGGCACUUCUGAAAAUACCGUCGGAUUUCAUAUUGAAUUUCUUCAUGUGGACAUGUUAAAAGGUGAUGGAGACCCUAAAACUCAGCCUGUAAUACUGGGAGAGGUGUGUGAAGCAACUACAGAUGAAAUUGUUAAAAUCAAGAAUGAAGAUGGUGUUGCAGAUAUGCAAUAUGUAUUAAUACCAAAGAAGAAAAAAUCAGAUUCUGCAGCAGAGAACAGAAGGAGAAGUUGGGUGUGGAAGUAUUUCAACAAGCUUAGCAAUAUUAUAUACCGCUGCAACCUUUGCAGUGUUGUUCUGUCAAUAAAAGGUUGCAACACUAACAAUAUGAACCGACAUGUCCGAACUAGGCAUCCUAGUGUUUACAAAUCUGAAAUAGAACGGAAGAAGGACUCUGAUCAUUUAGAUAUUGUGAGUGAAACUGAAGCUCCUUACAGCAUCGGGACAGAAGACAUUAAAGUAAGCGAUAAGGAAUUUGAUGAAUCGUAUGAGUGCAUAAGUCAAAAGCAACGUCGCAGUUGGAUUUGGUCGUAUUUCAAUCGCAUCUCUGGUACGCUGGCGCAAUGCAAACUCUGCAACCGGAACAUCUGCCACGGCGGCAACGCCACCGGGAAUAUGAACCGGCACCUUAAGAUGGUACACCACAAAACCGCAGACGACAACGGCUGGGUAUGGAAAGUCUUCGAGAGCAUCGAGGAUGACUUCUAUUCGUGUAGAAUAUGUCAAUACAAGUGCAUGAAGUUCGAAGAGAUCGAAAGAAGCAUUACAUGCAUAUUGCAGCAUCUCAAGGCAGAGCAUGGAGUAAUAUCGGGCGAUCAAAUUAUAACCGGCACAGAUUACGAGGCAGACCAGAUCAACUGA